AUGGAUUCACCGUCACUGUUGUCACAGCCAGCAGCUCCUGUCCGAGGGCGGCCUAAGAAGUGUCUGUUCUAUCCUCAGCCCCCGAAGAGCUCCCGCCUGUCUCGGUCCGUUCUGCGCUGGCUCCAGAGCCUGGACCUCAGCUUCUUCCCCAGGAACAUCAACAGGGAUUUUUCAAAUGGCUUCUUGGUUGCACAAAUAUUCAGUAUAUAUUACCCCUGGGACCUUAAGUUGUCAUCCUUUGAAAAUGGAACCUCUUUAAAAGUCAAGUUGGAUAACUGGGCACAGUUGGAGAAGUUCCUGGCAAAGAAAAAACUUAAACUACCUAAAGAACUAAUCCAUGGAACAAUUCAUUGUAAAGCUGGAGUACCUGAAAUAUUGAUACAAGAGGUUUACACAUUGUUAACACAUCAAGAAAUUAAAAGUAUCCAGGAUGACUAUGCAAAUUUCACAGACUACAGUUACCAGAUGCGUUUACCCCUGGUUCCUAGGUCUACAGCUUCAAAGUCUAUUAAAGAUAAUAUUAGGUUAUCAGAAUUAAUAAGUAAUCCCAACAUGCUCAGCAAUGAACUUAAAGUAGAGUUCCUACUCCUUUUACAAAUGUUGCAGAGAAAAUUAAGCAGAAAAUUGAAUCCAAAAUGGUUUGAUGUCAGACCAACAGUGGGAGAAAUUACUCUUGAUCAUCUUCCUGCCCAAGCUUCUAGAUACCGAUAUAAGUCACAGGUUAAAAGGGAAAAAGUUACUCCUGUUUUAUCAAAUACAAGUAAUGGUGGCAAUAUAACUAGAGAAAUUUAUGUAAAGCAAGCUAGAAAACCUUCUUGUGACUCUACUAUGAAUUCUAUCAGAAGCCCAGUAAUGAAACCCUGAGAAGAGCCCGUCCAGUGGCUUUGAAGAAGUGAUGCUACCAUCUGUUACCAUACUAAAUGGAUAUAAUCACCUAGUCUUGGAGUAUGUCAAUAUUAAAUAAAGUGGUGUCUUACCCAUAUUUGGGCAAAGGAACAUUUGUUUUCAA